AGAAAUCGAUUUCAGUCUGAAAUAUAGGCGAACCAGCGGUUUUCAGUGUUCCCUUUCAGUCUUGCCAACGAUUAUCGCGAGUUUUGGAUUGUUUGUCAACAUCUUAGGAAGAUGUAUGGUUUCGUCAACUAUGCACUGGAACUACUCGUCACGAAGACAUUUGGUGACGAAACAUGGGAGAUCAUCAAGAAAAAUGCCGACGUGCAAAUGGAAGGACAGUUUCUUGUACGUCAAAUUUAUGAAGAUGAAUUGACAUACAACUUGAUAUCUGCUGCUGUAGAAGUUCUAAAUAUUCCAGCGAAUACUAUUUUGGAAUUGUUCGGGAAGACUUUCUUUGAAUUUUGCCAGGAUUCCGGUUACGACAAGAUACUGCAAGUAUUAGGAGCUACGCCUAGAGAUUUUCUAACGAAUCUCGAUGCUCUUCACGACCACUUAGGAACGCUGUAUCCCGGAAUGAAGGCUCCUUCCUUCCGGUGCACCGAGAGACCGGAAGAUGGCGCUCUGGUGUUGCAUUAUUAUUCGGACAGGCCCGGACUCGAGCAUAUUGUUAUUGGAAUUGUGAAGACGGUCGCUAGCAAACUCCACAACACAGAGGUUGAAGUAGAAUUACUGAAAUCUAAGGAAGAGUGUGAUCACGUCCAAUUUCUCAUCACAGAAAAGUCCGGACCUGGAAAGUCCCAACUUCCCGAAAUAGACGAAAUUGAAACUUUGUCACUCGAGCCGAAAGUGAGUCCAGCAACUUUCUGCAGAGUGUUUCCUUUUCACAUCAUGUUCGACAGAAACUUGAAAAUUGUUCAAACAGGAUUUUCCGUAGCUCGUGUGAUACCAAAAGUGAAUGCAGCCAACUGCAAAAUAACUGAUAUUCUUGAUACGGUGAGACCUCACUUGGACCUCACUUUUGAGAAUAUUCUGUCUCACAUAAACACUAUUUAUGUACUCAAAACUCGUGCAGGAGUUAUGCAAGUGAAUGCUCCUGCAGAAUAUCGAUUUCUGCGUCUGAAGGGACAAAUGCUGUAUGUUCCUGAGACUGACCUAAUUGUAUUUCUCUGUUAUCCCAGUGUAAUGAAUUUGGAUGACCUUACCAGGAGAGGUUUAUACAUCAGUGACAUUCCGCUUCAUGACGCUACGAGGGAUCUAGUGCUUAUGUCAGAGCAGUUCGAAGCUGAUUACAAAUUAACCAGAAACUUAGAAAUAUUGACUGACAAGCUGCAACAAACCUACAGAGAGUUAGAUACUGAGAAGAAGAAGACAGAUAGGCUACUCUACUCUGUACUACCCAUAACUGUGGCCAAUGAACUCAGACAUCAGAGACCAGUACCAGCCAGAAGAUACGAACAAGCUACGAUACUAUUUUCCGGAAUAGUGGGAUUCUCAAACUACUGCGCUGCCAACGCAGACUCGAAGGGUGCCAUGAAGAUAAUAAGAAUGCUCAACGAGUUGUACACCAAAUUCGAUGACCUCACUGAUCCAAAAGUCAAUCCUAACAUUUACAAGGUAGAAACAGUUGGAGAUAAAUAUAUGGCUGUCAGUGGCAUUCCUGAACCAUGUGCAAGCCAUGCUAAAAAUAUAGCUAGAUUGGCUCUUGAUAUGAUGGAUAGAAGCCAAAGUGUUGUUUUUGAUGGACAAGUUGUGAGGAUCACUAUUGGAAUACAUGCUGGUGAAGUCGUCACAGGUGUCAUAGGCCAAAGGAUGCCAAGAUUCUGUCUGUACGGAAAUACCGUAAACUUAACAAGUCGAACAGAAACUACUGGAGAGCCAGGGAAAAUUAAUGUAACUAAAGAUGUGUACAGUAUUUUGUGUGAAGGCGAAAACUUCGACGAUCAGUUCCAUUUCGAGUAUAGAGGGCCUAUAUCUAUGAAAGGGAAGUCGGAACCUAUGGAUGUCUAUCUAUUGUCAAGGGCAAACAACUAGAAAACAGUCAAAAACUGGAGUUUAAUAUACUUUGGAAUUAAUGUAAAUAUUCACAGUAUCAGUUCUCUCAUAUCGGAUUCCAAAGUUCUGCAAUAACAUUCUGUUGAACAUAUCCCACUAAACAUUUACUCGUUGCAAAUAUACAGGGAAAACCACAUGGUCUACAAGUCUACAUGGUACUGUACUGCUGAACACAUAUUAUUUUAGGGCGUUCACAGGUAAUUGACAGUUUGACAUUUGAAUGUCGUCGACGAGUGGAAUGGUUCCUGAAUCUAAACAUGACUACACAACAGAAUACAAAUCUAUAAAACCACGAAAAGAAAGGAAAGAUAGAACAGAAUACUGAAGUAAUUAGCAAUUGUGGAAUGAGAAAAUGUGUUUGGUAUGACGAAGAAAAGAACUUUGUUGAUUUUGUUACUGUUGAAAAUAGUUAAUUUGUGUGAAAUUCCAAAUAUAAAGGUGCAAAGAAACUA